CACGCUCUCUCUUUACCUUAUCCUCGCCGCCUCCUCCGCGUCUCCUCCGUUGCGCUCUCGCUCCCUCUUCUCUCUCCCCUCCAAAAAUGGCCGCGGCGAACGCCAUUUCCACCGCCUCCAUGCUCCUCGCCUCCCCUCGCCAGGAGAUUCUGAGGAAGAGGGCGGGGCCCGGGAGGAGGACGAGUGGCCACCGGAGCAUGGCGGUGCGCGCGGCGGCGAAGGAUAUCGCCUUCGACCAGAGCUCCCGGUCCGCGCUCCAGGCCGGCGUCGAGAAGCUCGCCAAUGCCGUCGGGGUCACCCUCGGCCCCAGAGGGAGGAAUGUGGUUUUGGAUGAAUUUGGGAACCCAAGAGUGGUAAAUGAUGGUGUCACGAUUGCUCGGGCUAUUGAGCUUGCUGAUCCAAUGGAGAAUGCUGGUGCAGCAUUGAUUCGUGAGGUUGCUAGUAAGACUAAUGACUCAGCUGGUGAUGGGACCACAACUGCAUCAGUUCUUGCGCGAGAAAUAAUCAAGUUGGGUCUUCUGAGUGUUACCUCAGGUGCAAAUCCCGUCUCACUUAAGAAGGGAAUUGACAAGACCGUACAGGCCCUAGUUGAUGAGCUUGAGAAGAAGGCUCGCCCGGUCAAGGGGCGUGGUGAUAUCAAAGCCAUUGCCUCAAUCUCAUCUGGUAAUGACGAAUUUGUGGGAACCAUGAUUGCUGAUGCUAUUGAUAAAGUUGGUCCUGACGGGGUUCUUUCAAUCGAGUCUUCCUCGUCAUUUGAGACUACUGUUGAUGUUGAAGAAGGAAUGGAGAUUGACCGAGGUUACAUCUCCCCACAGUUUGUCACGAAUCCCGAGAAGUUACUUGUUGAGUUUGAGAAUGCCCGAGUUCUUGUAACCGAUCAGAAGAUCUCCACUAUAAAGGAGAUUAUUCCUUUAUUGGAGAAGACCACACAGCUAAGAGCACCUCUGCUUAUUAUUGCUGAGGAUGUUACAGGUGAGGCUUUGGCAACUCUUGUUGUCAAUAAGCUUCGAGGUAUUCUCAAUGUUGCGGCAAUUAAAGCCCCUAGUUUUGGCGAACGGCGAAAGGCUCUUCUUCAGGAUAUUGCCAUCGUGACAGGGGCUGAGUUCCAAGCCAAAGACCUCGGCUUGUUGGUUGAGAACACGACAGUGGACCAGCUCGGAACUGCAAGGAAAGUCACGGUCGCGCAAUCCUCCACGACCAUUAUUGCCGAUGCGGCCUCUAAAGAUGAGAUUCAGGCGAGAAUUGCGCAGAUAAAGAAGGAACUUGCUGAAACAGACUCAGUUUAUGACACUGAGAAACUGGCUGAGAGAAUUGCAAAACUCUCUGGUGGUGUCGCUGUCAUUAAAGUCGGUGCUGCGACGGAGACAGAGCUCGAAGACCGCAAGCUCCGCAUCGAGGAUGCCAAAAAUGCCACCUUUGCGGCUAUAGAGGAGGGGAUCGUGCCCGGUGGCGGUGCGGCCUAUGUUCACCUCUCGACCUGCGUGCCUGCGAUCAAGGACAAGCUUGAAGAUGCUGAUGAGCGUCUUGGAGCGGACAUCAUUCAGAAGGCAUUGGUAGCACCCGCAGCGCUUAUAGCGGACAAUGCAGGAGUGGAAGGCGAGGUGGUCGUCGAAAAGGUCAAAGACAGCGAGUGGGAAGUGGGGUACAAUGCGAUGACCGACAAAUACGAGAACUUGGUAGAAGCCGGCGUCAUCGACCCAGCUAAGGUCACAAGGUGCGCGCUCCAAAAUUCCGCCUCAGUGGCCGGGAUGGUGCUCACGACACAGGCGAUCGUCGUAGAGAAGCCGAAGCCAAAGGCUCCGGUGCCCGCCGGACCCCCGGAGGGUUCUCUUGCAAUUUGAAGUUAAAUUAUGGCAUUCUUUGGCUUGUUAAUGGUAGGAUAGGUAGUUCAUAUCAAAUAGGCAAAAGGGGUGGAGAGCGCCAUUUUGAAGGCAAGGGAUGGGGUUAUGUAUGGGACUCUUGAAUGCGUGCAAACAUAACAACCCUUUCCACGGGAUUUUCUGAGUUUUGCUUCAAUAGUUUGUAAUCUGAAUGGAUUGAAAGUGUGGAUGGAUUCUAAAUGCCAAUGAUGUCUUAUGAUGUUGUUAAUGAUUUUUAUUUUUGAAUC